AUGCGUGAAGUCUAUUAUUUGGAAGGAGACCUUGUAAUUGAUCCAUGUGCUUGUAAUGAUUCAUCAGUAUUACCAGCACCUACAUUACCGACCGAAUGUCUUAGUCCCGAUGGAUCAAGUUGUGAUUGGUACAAGAAUUGUCUCGAACGAAAAUAUUCAUGUCAAGGUACUUCGACUGAACAUGUUUUCACCUAUGCCACAACAUUUUGUGAACUCUACACCAAGCAUAAAAACCUAUUUUCUGUCCGAGCACAACGUUGGAUUGAUGAUGCACGUAAAUGUUUACAAAUGGCACUUGUUCCAUUUGUUCGACCAUUUAGUAAUGAUAAUUGUCAAAAGAUUCGCAAUAAAGCAUUCACUUCAUACAAAUCUUGCUAUCUUAGACCUUAUCCAGAAGAUGCAUCAAUCUGUCAUAUGACCAGACGAGAUUGGUUACGAAUAUUUUGGACACUUAAAUCAGCUUUUAUUGCGUCGACACCAAUAGCCUAUAGUUCUUUGCAAAAUGUAAUCGAUACAUUCCAAGAAUGCAGUAUGGAUACGGAAGCGAACGAUUUUGGACAUAUCUUUAAGGAAUUUAAACUUACAAUUGAUGUUAUUCAAAGAUCUUGGGAUAAUUUGAACAAAGAUCAAUCAGAUCAAAUUGCAGUCCGUAUUGCCCAUCAAAUUGCUAGGAUUGUAUUGGCACCAUCAUCACGAUGGGGAUGGUACGCGUACGGAAUACCUUUAUCGAUAGAGAGUAGUCGUACUGGAUACAAACAAAUGGCUAUCGAACUACUUGUUGCUGACUUACCCGGCAUCGUCAAUGAUACAUUGGUGCCACCUAUUAAUAUAACUAAUAUUGAAUUCAAUGAAAUAAUCACAAGACUUGAAAAUGCAGUGACCAAGGGUGAUUUAUAUAUACAAGUUGACAAUGGAACAUACUAUGUGUCACAGAUGACCUAUUGCUUGGAUAUGAAAUGCUACGCGACGACAGAGAAUAUUUUGGCUCCUACAUAUGUUCCCAAGAAUGGGAGCAGUAACAAUACUUACUGUUUCUCAAUGAUGUUCUUUCUUCUUCUUACAUGGUUUUUUUUCUAUAAUCUAAUUCGCUUUUAGUGAUUUCUAUUAAUCCAGUAACAAAGAAAGAGUCAUUAAUCGAUGAAAUCGGAUUCAGAGACUGAUGGUAC